CAACUAAGCGACUAGCUAUAAGUUUUCCAUUCGCAGUCAGUGGUGUUGAUUAUUUUGGGCCGGUGCUCAUACUAAAUCGAAAGGGCAGAGGUGCAAAAUUAACAAAAGCGUAUGUUAGUUUAUUUAUUUGUUUUACAACUCGAGCCAUCCAUCUCGAAUUAGUGGGUGAUUUGUCUACUGAUGCAUAUUUGCUUGCGCUCAAGCGAUUCAUCUCACGUCGAGGUAAACCAGCAGAAGUAUUCUCGGACAAUGGAAGAAACUUCACUGGCUUAAUGACAGAAUUUUCAAAAUUUUUAAAUAAUUGCGCAGAUAAUAUUAGAGAUUAUGCUAUUAACAAUAAUAUUAAAUUUAGUUUCAUUCCCCCCUAUUCCCCUCAUUUUGGUGGUCUAUGGGAAGCGGGGGUGAAGUCAUGUAAGCAUCACCUUAAAAGGGUGCUAGGCAACGCUCAUUUUACAUUUGAAGAGUUUAGUACAGUCUUAACACAGGUAGAAGCUGUCCUGAACUCCCGUCCUAUUUCUCCUAUGUCAGCGGAUCCCAAUGAUUUUUCCCCACUCACUCCUGCCCAUUUCUUGGUUGGUCGUCCACUGACGUCGCCUGCUAGUGAAGACUAUGAGCAAGCUGCACUUCAGCGACUCACGCGGUACCAACGAGUUGAGCAAGUCCGACAGCACUUUUGGACCCGCUGGUCAAAAGAGUACGUUUCGGAGCUACAAGUUAGGACAAAGUGGAUGAAGAGUGGAGAUUCAUUAAAGGAAGGCACUCUUGUCCUUAUCAAAGAUGACAACAGCCCUCCGUUAAAGUGGAGCAUGGGCCGGAUCGUAUCUACGUUCCCUGGGAAGGAUGGAGUUUCUAGAGUUGCUGCCAUUAGAGUCGCAUCCGGCGCAAUUACACGGCGCGCCUUCUCUAAAAUUUGCCCGCUACCUCUGGAUGCAGCGGACAACGUAAACUCUUGGAAGUUGGAGCUUCCAAGGCCGGGGGCAUGUCAAGACGUAGAACGGAACGCCGCUUGA